AUGGCCACGCCCACGUCCAGCCGCGCGCCUUCCGAUGCCCUGCCUGCCGAAAAUGGCCAGGCCUCGCUCGCGGCGCGUCGCACCUCGCUCGGUUUCCUUCGUCGUUCUAAAUCCACCGAGCCGCUCGGUGAACGCAAGCCAUCCGGCAGCCGCAAGAAGAUGUCCAAGACCCAAGCCAUGGAAGAGGAACUCCGCCGUCAGCGUGAAUCCUACGCCCCCAAGAACGCCCCUCGUUUGCCUGAUCUCUCACCCACCCCCCAACUCGAGACCUUUGGAGGUGAAGAACGUGAUACCCUCGCUCCCCCCGAGCCCCCUCUGCCUCGUCCCCAAUCGGGAAUUGUGCCCCCCACCGCGUCUAUGAACUCGCCCACUGAUGCCGUUGACCCGUACGCUCGCACCGAGAGCAUGACCCAUCGUGGCCGUUACAGCUAUGCCAGCAGUGCGAUCAGCACUGUCAACAGCCCCCGUCGGAUUCGUCGUCGGAAGGAUCCGACUCCCUACAAUGUGCUGGUGGUUGGCGCCCGUAACUCCGGCAAGACCUCUUUCCUCAACUUCCUGCGCAAGGCCCUGACCAUGCCCCCGCACAAACACCCCUCACGUAGCCCGGAAGAGCUGGAAGAGUUGGAGCGUCAAACCUCUGCCUAUGAAGGAUUCACCUCGCAAUACUUGGAGACCGAGAUUGAUGGAGAGCGCGUUGGCCUCACCCUGUGGGAUUCCACCGGUCUCGAGCGCAACAUUGUGGACCUCCAGAUGCGUGCGGUGACUGGCUUCCUGGAGAGCAAGUUUGAGGAGACCCUCGCGGAGGAGAUGAAAGUGGUGCGCUCUCCCGGUGCUCGCGACACCCAUAUCCACUGUACCUUCCUGCUGCUGGAUCCCGUUCACCUGGAUGAGAACAUUGCCGCUGCCGAGCGCAUCGCCAAUGGAACUCCCAAAGCUACCGAUGUCCCCGUGGUCGGUGUCCUGGACCAGAACCUCGACCUGCAGGUGCUGCGCACCAUCCUGGGCAAGACCACCAUUGUCCCCGUCAUCAGCAAGGCGGAUACUAUUACCUCUGCGCACAUGGGAUACCUUCGCAAGGCUGUGUGGAACAGCUUGAAGCAGGCCAACAUCGACCCUCUGGAGAUUCUGACAUUGGAGGAUCAGGAGGAGUACACUUCGUCGGAGAGUGCAGAUGAGGAGGAAUCCGUGCAAGGAGAGACCGCCGAGACCCCCGCCGAGCCUACCGAAAAAGCCAGCGAGUCCAAGGAAGACCAAACCGAUGGCCCGACCGAGUCAAAGAGUUCAGAGCAUCCACAGGAGUCCAUCCCCCAGUCGCCCUCGCACCGCAGUCAGCAUUCUGUUAGUGCUUCGCCCGCCAACCCGCACGUUCCCUUCUCCAUCCUUUCCCCAGACCCGCACUCCUUGGCCUCUGGAGAAGAGCCGGUCGGACGUCGAUUCCCCUGGGGUUUCGCCGACCCUUACGAUCCCGAGCACUGCGACUUUGUGCGCCUGAAGGAUUCAGUAUUCAGUGAGUGGCGGGCUGAGCUGCGUGAAGCCAGCCGUGUGAUCUGGUAUGAGCGCUGGAGAACCAACCGCCUCAACCGUAAUGGCCACCCCACGCCGCUGCCAUCGAAAAAGUCAUAUGGAGGUCGCAUGGGAGCUAAUCACGACGGUCGCCGCACGCGAUAA